AUGCCUUCUCUCCCCAGUUCUGAUGAGCUGAUUUUCUUUGUGAAUGGAAGAAAGGUCGUAGAGAAGAGCGCCGAUCCUGAAAUGAACCUGCUGUUCUACCUGCGGAAAGUCCUCCACCUCACAGGCACCAAGUACGGCUGUGGGAGUGGAGGCUGUGGCGCCUGCACUGUCAUGGUGUCAAGAUAUGACCCCAAGACCAAGAAGAUCCGUCAUUAUCCAGUCACCGCAUGCCUGGUGCCCAUCUGUUCUCUGUAUGGGGCUGCUGUCACCACGGUAGAAGGUAUAGGAAGCAUCAAAACCAGGAUUCACCCCGUGCAGGAAAGACUUGCCAAGUGCCAUGGCACACAGUGUGGCUUCUGCAGCCCAGGGAUGGCGAUGUCCAUCUACACGCUGCUGAGGAACCACCCAGAGCCGACCCCUGAGCAAAUAAUGGAAGCUCUUGGAGGUAAUUUGUGUCGCUGUACUGGAUACCGACCAAUUAUAGAAAGUGGAAAUACUUUCUGCAUGGCAUCAACUGUCUGUCAGAUGAAAGGAUCGGGAAAAUGUUGCAUGGAUCAAGAAGAAAGGUCUUCUGUGAAGGGACAGGAAAAGAUAUGUACCAAACUGUAUAAUGAAGACGAAUUCCAGCCCUUGGAUCCAUCCCAGGAACCUAUAUUCCCUCCUGAACUGAUAAGGAUGGCGGAAGAUCCAAGCAAGAGAAGGCUGACGUUUCAAGGGGAAAGGACCACCUGGAUGACCCCUGUGACCCUCAACGACCUCCUGGAGCUGAAAGCCAACUACCCCAAGGCCCCCCUGGUCAUGGGGAACACCACAGUGGGACCCGGCAUUAAAUUCAAAGAUGAAUUCCAUCCAGUUUUCAUAUCUCCAUUUGGGCUUCCAGAACUGUAUUUUGUGGACAGCACAGACAAUGGCGGGGUGACAAUUGGUGCGGGCUACAGCCUCGCCCAGCUGAAUGAUACCUUACAUUUCAUCGUUUCGGAGCAACCAAAGGAGAAGACUAAGACCUACCGUGCCCUCCUGACGCAUCUGAGGACGCUUGCCGGAGUCCAGAUCAGGAGUAUGGCGACUUUAGGAGGACAUGUGGUGAGCAGGCCGAAUUUUUCUGACCUAAAUCCAAUUUUAGCAGCAGGAAAUGCUACCAUCAAACUGAUAUCUAAAGAAGGAGAACGGCAGAUUCCUUUAGACGGCCAUUUCCUUGAGAGAUUGCCUGAAGUGGACCUUAAGUCGGAAGAGAUUGUGUUAUCUGUUUACAUUCCCCACUCUACACAGUGGCACUUUGUGUCGGGACUGCGGCUGGCCCAACGCCAGGAGAAUGCCUUUGCCAUUGUCAAUGCCGGGAUGAGUGUCAAGUUUGAAGAUGGCACAGACACAAUCAAGGACCUUAAAAUAUUCUAUGGGCGUGUUGGCCCCACUGUGGUCUCUGCAAACCAAACCUGCAAGCAGCUCAUUGGGAGACAAUGGGAUGACCAAAUGCUGAGCGAUGCGUGCCGGUUGGUCCUGGAUGAGAUUUACAUUCCGCCAGGAGCUGAGGGUGGCAUGGUAGAAUAUAAGCGAACCCUCAUCAUCAGCUUACUCUUCAAAUUCUACCUCAAAGUGAGGCGAGGACUGAAUAAAAUGGAUCCCCAGAAGUUUCCUGAUAUCCCAGAAAAUUUCAUGAGUGCUGUAGACAAUUUCCCCAUAGGAACACCCCAAGGACUUCAGAUGUUCCAGUGUGUGAAUCCCUACCAACCUCCUCAAGAUCCAGUCGGCCACCCCAUGAUGCACCAGUCAGCCAUUAAACAUGCCACUGGGGAAGCUGUGUAUGUUGAUGACAUGCCCCCUGUCGCCCAAGAACUCUUUCUGGCGGUAGUUACCAGCACCAGAGCUCAUGCAAAGAUCAUAGCAAUUGAUGUGUCAGAAGCCCUGGCACAUCCCGGUGUUGUUGAUGUGAUAACAGCAGAGGAUGUUCCGGGAGAUAAUAACCAUAAGGGAGAGAUUCUCUAUGCACAGAACGAGGUUAUUUGCGUGGGUCAGAUCGUCUGUACCGUGGCUGCUGAUACCUAUGCUCAUGCGAAAGAGGCCACUAAGAAAGUGAAGGUCACUUAUGAAGACAUAGAACCUCGGAUUAUCACAAUAGAGCAAGCCCUAGAGUAUAAUUCAUUUCUUUCUGAUGAGAAGAAAAUUGAGCAAGGAAAUGUAGAGCAAGCCUUUAAACAUGUUGAUCAAAUCAUUGAAGGUGAGAUCCACGUGGAAGGACAGGAACAUUUUUACAUGGAAACGCAAACCAUCCUGGCUAUCCCAAAAGAAGAAGAUAAAGAAAUGGUGUUACACGUUGGAACACAGUUUCCCACCCGUGUGCAGGAAUUUGUGGCUGCAGCACUUAACAUCCCAGAGAAUAGAGUCGCCUGCCACAUGAAAAGAACUGGAGGAGCAUUUGGGGGGAAACUUAGCAAGCCCGCCCUGCUGGGAGCUGUCUGUGCUGUGGCCGCCAACAAGACUGGCCGCCCAAUCCGGUUUGUUCUAGAACGUGGUGAUGACAUGCUGAUAACUGCUGGCCGCCACCCACUCCUCGGAAAAUACAAAAUUGGAUUCAUGAACAACGGUGUGAUCAAAGCUGCCGACGUUGAAUAUUAUAUCAAUGGUGGAUGCACCCCUGAGGUGUCUGAGUUGGUGAUAGAGUUCGUCGUGCUGAAAUCUGAAAAUGCGUAUCAUGUUCCUAACUACCGGUGCCGGGGUAGGGCUUGCAAAACAAACUUGCCAUCCAACACCGCCUUUCGAGGAUUUGGCUUUCCCCAGGUUUCAGUGGUAGUUGAAGCUUACAUAACUGCUGUGGCAUCUCAAUGUAACUUACUCCCUGAAGAGGUUAGAGAAAUAAACAUGUAUAAGAGAAUUAGCAAAACAACCUAUAAGCAGACAUUUAACCCAGAGCCCUUGCAAAGAUGCUGGAAAGAGUGUCUGGAGAAAUCUUCAUUUUAUGCUAGGAAAAGGGAUGCUGAGGAAUUUAACAAAAAUAAUUAUUGGAAGAAAAGGGGGCUUGCUGUGGUCCCUAUGAAAUAUACUGUUGCCCUCCCUGAGGCCUACUACAAUCAGGCCGCCGCUCUCGUCCACAUUUACAUGGAUGGCUCUGUCUUGGUGAUUCAUGGUGGCUGUGAAAUUGGACAAGGCCUCUACACCAAAAUGAUCCAGGUGGCUAGCCGUGAACUGAACAUCCCCAUCUCGUAUAUCCACACGUCGGAAACAAGCACAGUCACCGUGCCCAAUGCCUCCUUCACGGCAGGGUCCAUGAGCACAGACAUCAACGGGAGAGCAGUGCAGAAUGCUUGCCAAAUUCUCAUGGCCCGUCUCCAGCCAGUCAUCAGGAAAAACCCGGAGGGAAGCUGGGAGGACUGGAUCGCAAAAGCCUACAAAGAAUGCAUCAGCCUGUCCACUACGGGAUAUUUCAAAGGCUACCAGACCCAUAUGGACUGGGAGAAGGAGGAAGGGGAACCUUUCCCAUACUUCGUUUACGGAGCAGCCUGCUCUGAGGUGGAAGUCGACUGUCUGACUGGGGCUCACAAGCUCCUCAGGACGGACAUCUUCAUGGACGCCGCGUUCAGCAUAAACCCGGCCCUGGACAUCGGGCAGAUUGAAGGAGCAUUUAUCCAAGGCAUGGGAUUAUAUACCAUAGAAGAACUGAAAUACUCCCCGGAAGGUGUGCUUUAUUCUCGGGGUCCUGAAGACUACAAAAUCCCCACCGUCACAGAAAUACCAGAAGAGUUCUAUGUUACUUUGGUGCGGUCCCGAAAUCCCAUAGCCAUCUACUCAUCCAAGGGACUGGGUGAGGCUGGAAUGUUCAUGGGGAACUCCGUGAUCUUCGCCUUACACGAUGCAGUGGCUGCUGCCCGCAGAGAGAGGGGGCUGGCCAACACCUUCACCCUGAACAGCCCGGCGACGCCUGAGGCGAUUCGGAUGGCUUGUGCGGAUCAGUUCACCGACAUGAUUCCCAGAGAUGAUCCUUCAACAUUUACACCUUGGUCCAUCCAUGUGUCUUAAUCUUGUCUUUUCUUUAGAAAAUGAAAGAGUUUAUGAUUGCCCUUAAAACUCUCAAACCAGAGCAAUAUAUAAGGUAUUUCCCAAAUGUCAAUGAUAAUUUUAGCUUUUUUAUUUUUUAAUCCUCACCCGAGGAUAUGUUUUGUUAGUUUUUAGAGAGAGGGGGAAGGGAUAGAGAGAGAGAAGCAUCGAUGUGAUAAAGAAAUAUUGAACAGUUUCCUCCCAUAUGUGCCCCAACUGGGAAUUGAACCCACAACCUUUUUGAUGUAUGGGACAACGCUUCAACCAGCUUAGCCACCCGGCCAGGGCAAUUUUAGCAUUUUUUAAUUACUCUCUGUAGUUUUGAUCCCUGCAUAAUCAUGUUUUAGGAUGCAAAUUUUCACUAAAAGGUAUAAUGGAGAAUCAAAAUUCUUCUUUUCAUUGCAUUAUCCUGAAGAUCUACAACA